GUACACGCAUAGGUCGUCAUCUUCCUCUGCUUCCAUUCAAUCUACCGCCAGCAGCUCCGUGCAUAGCUCUCAGACUUGGGAGUCGAGAGGCUCUACCAUCACAUCCGGUACAGGCACCGUGUUACUAUCUGCUGGCCCAGGGGUCGCAUCUACCCGUAUGGCAGGCAUGAGCAGCCAGAACGCACUGAUGGAGGAUACGACGACCAGGCAGUGGAACUUCCACGCUUUCGAAUGGGUGGUGCGCGAUGUCAGUAGGCUCCGGGACUACAUCGAGAACCCCCCUUUGACUGCGGAAGGCGAAAAUGGGCCGGAAGAACUCGAUGAGGAGUUUGAUGUUCUGAGGGAGUCUCCUGAGCUAGGAGACGGUAAGUUCAAGUUGGAGAUUUCCAAGACUACGAUGAACGAGCCCGAGAACCCUGCCACGCCUAGUAUUCGCACCCAACCACCGACGCUGUCCCUAUAUAUCACAUCUUUGACCGUCGAUUUCGCGCACACGGAGUACGAGCAUUCUGCAUCCAUGUUCGCAGCAAUCAAGUGCCAGGACGAUCGGAUAGGCGAGCGUGGCGCCCGUGCUGAAUGGGCUUGGGAGUUCUGGCAGAGCAACUGGGCUUUUCGUCAGGGAAGCGAAGUAUGGGAAUGCCCGCUUCCGCCUUUGUCCGUACUCCUCGAAAACCUGACGAUCAGGGAGACCGACUCGUUUGUGAUAUGCGUGCAGAUGCAUUCACCUGUGGGACCUUUCUACCCGCAGCAACCGUCAGCCUACUACGUUCCUCGAGAUCUUCUAGAAGGACUGGAGGCGUCUCUUGAUAACCCCAACACUGGAGAUGUUCAGUUUGUUUGUCUUGAGCGUACUUCCCAAGAUCAGGACUCACUGUCGAGUUCAAUGGCGUCCCUGGCGCCUGCUAGCCCUCGCUCCGCAUCAUCAUCCCAGUCACCCUCACCACCUCAUGCUUUAGCCCGGAAGCGCAUCAUAUAUGCGCAUUCUGACAUCCUCAUCAGGCGGUCCGAGUACUUUGCCACAAUGCUCAGCUCGUCUUUCAACGAGAAUAGCAGCACGCUCCUGCCAGGCGAGCGCAAGGUGUACACUAUCGUCGUCGAGGAGGCUGACUUUGUGACCAUAUACUGGCUCCUCAAGUGGGUGUAUGCGAACUGGGUGCUCUUCCGCAAGGACGACGAUCCUCGCCAGGCAGUUGACGGGAUCGGCGCAGGGUGGAGCGCUCGUGACUUCUGCUCGCCUGGCGUCGCGGACGAAUGGGGCUGGAAAGUGUUUCACAAAGGUGGUUCGUCCGAUGGGCACAGUCGCGCCGUCAGCGACGCGCGCAGCGUCACCAGCGGUGCGAGCGGCAGGUCGACUGGAGAUGCGCCCCGCGAGAAACCCAAGGAACUCCGCGUCACGGGUUCGUCGACUACCUCUGGGAUGCGCGCAGGUGGCCCAAGCUCGUCCAAGUCUACUGCCGCUCGGUCGCCCACUACCCCUCGCCGACCUUCGCAUGGGCCUUCUGGCGGAAAUACUCCCACUAUGCCUGUGCCCAUGCCCAAUCCAACCUCUCCCUCUGGACCCUCGUCUCGCGCCCCAAAGGUUGUGCCCGUGCCACUUUCCCCCUCAGCCCCGCACUACUCACACAAGCAGCGCGCACGCUCAACUGCCUCGACGGUUGACCCACACCCGCACCCUACCCCAGCCCCGCAGCCCGCGUCUGCGCUCUCGAUGUACCAGGUUGCGCACCGGUACGGAAUGCCAGGCCUGGGCACGCUCGCGCUGGAGCACAUCGUGUCGACAAUCACGCCCCAGUCGAGCUUUGCCGUGCUACUCGCGUCGACCACUUGGGACGAGCUGCACUCGCUGGUUGAGGACUACAUUGUGGAUAAGUGGGACGAAGUGUCGGUGUCCGAUGAGUUUGAGCGGUGCUGCCAGGAGGUGGCUAACGGAGAGUGGGGUCCGGAAGGAGGCAAGACGUUGAUGGCUCUCUUCAGGCGCCUGCGGUCUCCCAGUGCAAUGGGAUACAAUCGCAAUUAAGCUGGAGCUUUGCGGAUAAGUAUGAUUUACGGUGGAGUAAUCUGCACCAGGGCGUGCCCCGGAACUAUCAAGCCUCGCUAUCGGAUACAUUGCAUAAGGAUGACGUGCAGUGCACAGUGUAAUAUAAGUGUUGGAU